AUGGAUUUUUUCAUUCAACUUCUUCUUUUUCUAAUACUACCACUCGUUCUUUAUUUCGCUAUUACUACUUUUCUACAAUUCAAUCGUUCGAAACGUCAUUAUAUUUGUCCAUUGGAUUCAUUGUCCGACGUCUAUACUUCUCUGUUACCUACCGAUUUCUACACUAAACCACAAGAACGAGGCAACAAUGAUGGUGGUUAUGUAUAUGCUAGCGAUGUUCCUACAGUUCUUCAACAAUUACGAACGGUAGUAGCUACAUUACAUUCACAACAAGCAUUAGCAUCAUUAGAUCCUUAUAAUCUUAUAGUCAUUCAUGAACGUUUGGCUUACACAAAUAGUAGUGAUGUAGUGAAUUGGUUUACUGUACAAUUCAAUUUAUUUACAGGCUCUAUAACGGCACUAGGUACUGCUACACAUGCAGCACUAGCACAAGAUGCACGUGAAUUAAAAAAACUUGGUUGUUUCGCACUAACGGAAAAAGGUGCUGGAGUAUUAUCAGGUUUAUUAUGUGAUACCAUCGCAUAUUACAAUCCAGAAGCAAAGAAAAUUGUCAUUCAUACACCAACUGAAGAUGCUAAAAAAUGUUGGAUUUCGUAUGCUGGUAAUAGUCAGAUUGAAUAUGCCGUAGUAUUUGCAAAAUGGUGCCAAGCUACUAUUAUGAACAGCAGCAAGGAAAUUUCCGUGAACACUAAUAUUGGUAAAUUAUUUAUAACACCUCAUGUCGUAGCUAUUGUGGUACAAAUCCGCAGUAAUGGUGUCAUUCUACCCGGUAUAUCAAUCGAAGAAUGUAAUACUCGUUCCGAUUUUCGUUCAAAUUGUUUCGGUGGUCUUACCUUUACCGACUUCCAUACUGCACCGGAAAAUUUACUUGAUCGAUAUUGUUCGUUGGAUACAACAACGGGAGCUCUACAGGUACCGGAUAACUGUCCAAAACUGUUCUUCAAAUUGGCCAAUAGAUUGUUAGUAGGUCGACUAUGUUUAUCAGGUACUGCAAUCGUAUGUGCUAAAUCGGCACUACAGCUUGUUAUCAAAAAAGUUUAUAAUAGUAAACGGUCGCAAUUCUCUUACAUUACCGAUCAUAUACAAGUCAUGCUACAACAAAUUUGUGAAAUGGACUGCUACUUUCGUCGGUUAAUUAAACGUUUUCAAAUCGAUUCGUCUACGGUUACCGUUACUAAUAUUGAAGAACUCUUGGAAAAGAACAUCGAUGAGAUUCUCUUGAUUAAAGCUUAUAUACCACCUUUAUGUCGAGACAUUGUAGCUAAAUGUCGUGAAUUAUAUGGUGCAGAAUCAUUAUUAGCGCACACUCGUAUGGCAGAAAGUCAUGCUGGUUGUUAUGCGAAUUGUUUAGCUGAAGGCGAUUCAGUAGUGAUGGCACAGGCUUUCGUAGGUCAGUGCAUGCGUAAAUACAAACACAUAUCACUUCGUAAUUGGCGUUUAUUAUGGUUUAUGAUGAAGAUUCUCGUAAUGGUACCAACAUCCAAACGAAUAAAAUAUAUAAAUGCACAUCAGACCGAGAUAAUGGCUGUGUUUCAACAAAUUGCGAAUGGAAUCUUUCAAAAUCAAGGAAUUUAUUCAAGCUUACAAAGUAUUCCUGUACCCAUAACUAAAACUUAG